UGCGAGUGUGGAAAAAGUGUCAGACCGUAGCGUAAAGCGAGCAAAUAAUAGUGAAAUUGAAAUAGUUGAAAGGCCAAUGUUUUAGUGGGUGCGUGUUUACGUCGGACUGUCAAAAGCGCGUACCGUGUGUGUGAUUUGUCUGUGUUUUUGCCGAGUUUUGCGUGCCGAAAUGUGACGCGUGUGGGUGUUUUGUUUACGUCUGACGGCAACAGUCCCCCAACAGAGUAUAGAUUUUUCGGUGGCUCGAGAGAAAACGAUUGACUAGACAUGUUCAAAAACUUUAUAAAAGGCGUGACGUCCGACAAGGACGACAAGGACAAACGAAAACGCGACAAAAAGGACAGAAAAGAGAAACAGAAGAGGGACAGGAGCAGCAUGUCGGCGGAAGAACUGCUCAGAUUAGACGAAGUACGACGUUCGAUCAAAAUCAGAGGCCGUCGCAAAGACAAGGAAAAACUGCCCUCGGGUAUAACGGCGGACUAUACCGCCGACUUUUUGGCCAGUCUGGAGCGAAACGAUUCUCCCGUGUCGACCAUUCCGGGUUCGCCGAGCCACAACAUCAACCAUUCCGAGUGCGGUUACACGCAAUCAGACAGCUCAGAAACGAGUCUGAAUUCCAUCAACCACCAGAGCGGACCCCCGCUACCUCCCAAACCUCCGAAACCACCGAAAAGGGGUAUAUUGAAAAUGCCCAAAGUUACCCUUACCCAGGAUAACGGCCACGACGCCGUCGACCAUUCGAGCUUGGUGCGGAACACACUGCAGAACGAGUUGAUCAUGUUCCAGCAUUCGGAAAUGAUGUCGUACCAGAACCUGCCCAACCAGAACGGUCUCAACGGCAAAAGCAUGAGCCAGCAGCUCUUGGUGAUCACGUCAACCUCUCCGAGCGCGGACAGUUUGACGGAUACGACGAACUCGUCGUUUGCCACGCCCCCUUUUUCCCUAAGCCCGGUGGGCGAGUCGCAGGGGUUCCACAGGUGGUCCAGGACCUCGAACUUCGACGACGUCAACCUUCCCCUGCCUGAUAUCGUGCCGAUGGUGCUGCCUAAGCCGCGGGUGCUGGUGGUGCAGCGUCAGAAACCACCGAGGAACGAUUUCGGAUUCUCGCUGAGACGCGCAAUGGUUCUCGAACGGAGCACCCGUUCCGGUGGUGGCGGUUUCGACGGGGCGGUAGCGAACGGGGCGGGAGUGAAUAUGCGGGCGGUUAUUUUCGCGGAACCGGGCGCCAUGGUGCAGCACAACAACGAAACUGGACUGUUGCCUGGUGAUAAAUUGUUGGAGGUGAACGGGGUGAGCGUCGAGGGGAGGAGUCGCGAGGAGAUUAUCGAUAUGAUCAAGGCGUCGGGGGACAGCGUUACGCUAAAGGUGCAGCCAGUGGCGGAACUGUGCGAGCUGAGUCGUCGAUCAACCCACGAUGGAGACGAGAUAGAAUUGGACGACUCGAACAUCAGGGGUGGCACGCUGAAGAGGUCGGGGAGCAGGAGAUUCAACAAGUCCGCGAGGGCAAAGUCGGAAGAACACUUAGAAAAGGAAAGGCGAUGGCUGGACUCCGAGAGGGUGUGGCUAAUGCACCGGGGCGGAUUUACUGCGGCCAAAAAGGAAACCGACCCCAACGCCGUGGAGCCUGGGAAAAUCCGCAUCUGUCUUGAGGAGACCGAUGACGUACUAAGCGUCGACGAAGACGAUAUAGAGCGGGCGAAUCCUCCGCAAUUCGACAGAGCGGAAGACCUAGCGGCACUAAGACACCUUAACGAAUCGAGUGUGUUGCAUACCUUGAGACAACGUUACUCUACCAAUUUGAUUCAUACCUAUGCGGGAAGCGGUACCCUUCUGGUCGUCAACCCCAUGGCGCCUCUAGCCAUAUACUCCGAAAAGGUAGUGGCCCUUUUCAAAGGGUGCAAAUCCGAGGACAUGCCGCCGCACAUUUACUCGAUGGCUCAGUCGGCCUAUCAGAACAUGUUGUCGAGCCGCAGGGACCAGUCCUUAGUCUUUCUCGGCCGAUCCGGCUCCGGAAAAACCACCAACUUUCGCCACUGCGUUCAGUACCUUGUGACCGCUGCCGGUACCGUCAAUAACGUGCUCAACUUGGAGAAGUUGACGGCCCUUUGGACCGUCCUCGAAGGUUUCGGCAACUGUAAGACGGCAAUGAACACCAACGCUACCAGAUUCACUCAGAUAUUUAGCGUCGACUUCGACCAGAGCGGCGCCAUAGCUUCGGCCAGCGUUCAGAUUCUCCUGCUAGAGAAAACGCGCGUCGUAAGGAAAGUGGAAAGCGAAACGACUUUCCACAUUAUGCAUAGACUCCUUUGCGGUGUCGAGGGUCAUCUUAGGAAGGAAUUAUACCUGGACAACAUUUCCGGGAACGAAAAUAACUUCUUUAUGAGUCUACUGCAGAAGCACGAGGAUAAGCAGAGAGCGCAGCAGGAGUUCGUCAAAACUUGCGGCGCCCUGACCGUGUUGGGGGUAACCGACGCCGAACAAAAGGUGUUAUUCUCGGUGUUGGCUGCCAUUUUUCAUUUGGGAUGCGCCGGAGCAGUUAAAGUCGGCAGCAACACUCGUUACCAAUUCGCCCAUCCGCAAUGCGCUCAAAGGGCGGCGAAUCUUUUAGGCACGACCGUAGAAGAAUUAUCGCGAGUCGUGUUUGGUCUCGCUUCGGGAGGCAUGGUUACCCCUAACGCACCAAGGGCACCUUUUAGGACGCCGUCGCCAACUGAAAAGGGUCUCGAAAGAGAAGCCGUUGGUAUCGAAGCAGUAGAAGGGAUGGCGAUGGGUCUCUACUCAGAAGUGUUCAACUGCGUCGCGAACCUGAUCAACAGAUCUAUUUCUGCCAAUAGCUACACCGCGACGUCAGUUCUUCUGAUUGACGCUCCGGGUUUUCAGAACCCGGCCACUUGCGGUCGUCAGACCGGCGCAUCUUUCGAGGACCUCUGCCAUAACUACCUCCAAGAGAGACUCCAACUACUCUUCCACCACACAAACUUGGUGGCGCCGAAAGAUCGCUACGUCCAAGAGAACGUAGAGUUUACCUACGACCAGAACGAAAACGAGAACCUGAUCAAUCCGCUGCCCCUGGUCAAUCUUUUAGACAAAACAGCCCAAAAUACGGUGAUAAGGACCUCGCAAACGGAUCUUCGCGAAACGGACAGAAGGGGCCUGCUGUGGCUUUUAGACGAAGAGUCUCUCUAUCCGACCGGCAGCGACGAUUCGUUCUUGGAAAGGUUGUUCACGCACUACGGAGAAAGGGACCAUCAGUUGUUGCUGCGGAAAGCGCCGGGCAAUAGUCAGUUUAUUCUGCAGCACCUGCAGGGCACAAACCCUGUACUCUACAGUGCGAAGGGGUGGCUCAAACAAAGCAGGGAGAAUCCCGUCGCGAGGACGGCUGUUGCGAUUCUUCAGGAAAGUUGCAAGGAAGACAUUAGUAAAUUGUUCGUCGCAGUGAGAGGUUUGGGCGCGUCGAGUUUCAGCGGCUCCGUGGUAGGACUGGACGGUUCCCAAUCAUUGAGGAGGGCUUCCAGCAUUCGUAGAACGUUCACCGGCGGAACGGCCGCUAUCAAACGGAAGAGCGUUUGCCUCCAGACGAAGUUCACGGUCGACGGCCUAGUGGAAACGCUGAGGCGAACGAAGCUGAGGUUCGUCCACUGCGUGCUGCCCCAGCACAACGCCGGACUUUGCGAAGCAAGCGCUUCUUUGAUUAACGUGAAGGCGAGCUCCGGUAAUUCCGAGGAGGGUCUCAUCAACGUGCCUCUGCUAAGAUCUCAGAUCAGAGGAGCUCAGAUUUUAGACUCUGUAAGGCUCUAUAAGCAGGGUUUCCCGAGUUUCAUGCCUCUGGCCGAGUUCCGCAGAAAAUUCGGGAUACUCGCUGGCGAAACCAAGGCGACCACUUCGGUACUGGAUGAACGGAGAGCGGUGGAGGACAUGGUGCUCGCGAUGGAUCUGGAAAUGUCCAGCUACAGAGUGGGACUGAGUCAGAUCUUCUUCAGGACGGGCGUGAUCUCGCAUUUGGAAGCGCAAAGGGACGAGCGUCUCGCCGGAGUGGUUAUUGCCCUCCAGGCGCACUGCAGAGGCUAUUUGGCACGGAAGCGGCUGCAAAAGAAGAAGCUCGAAGAUCUGGCGGUGAGAUGUAUCCAACGGAACGUCAGGAAGUUCAUGUUAGUGCGGGACUGGCCCUGGUGGAGGCUUCUGGUCCGGGUCACCCCGUUGCUGAACGUUCACAGGACCGAACAGGAGCUGCGCACCAAGACGGAAGAGCUGGAAGCUUUGAAACUCAAGUUGCAAAAGAUCGAAAAUGAGAGGACAUCGUUGCAGCACGAAACCGAUAAGCUGGAAGCUAAGCUAAGCGAGAUGACUGUGGACUUGGCUGAAGAACACUCGACCGCAACGCUAGCUGCUGAGAGACUGGAUGCCGAAACGUCGGAACGACUUCGUCUGGAACGCGAACUGUCCGAGACCAAACACAAGAACAAAGAAUUGGCGCAAGCCUCCGAGAGGUUGGAGAUGGAACUUCUGUACGCCAGAUCCGAUCUAAACGGCAUUUGCGAGGAGGAGGACGACGGCGACAGCGACGGCGUCUAUAAGCAGAGAUACGAGCGGGUUCUGAGGGAGUUGGAGUUUACGAAGCGCAGGUUGCAACAACAACACGAAGACGAUCUGGAGCAGCUGGUGGGACUCAAAAAGCAAUUGGAGAAAAAGCUGGCAGACGCUUACGAAGAGGUGGAAGAACAACGUCAAGUCGUCGGUCAGUGGAAACGCAAAGUCCAGAAGCUCAACGGGGAGAUGAACGACCUGAAACUUCUGCUCGAGGAGCAGAGCAGUCGCAACAACCUGCUCGAGAAGAAGCAGCGCAAGUACGACUCCGAGACUUCCCUCCUCCAGGAGGAACUCAAGAAAGAGCGGCAGGCCAAAGAUCGAUUGGCGAGGGAAAAAGAAGUGCUAGUAGCCGAGAAAUACGCAAUUGAGAGCACUCUGGCCGAUACCAGGUUGGAAUUGGACCUCAAAGAGGAACGGCUCGGUUCGCUGCAGAGGGAAUUCGACGAGAUAACUUGCGGCGGGAAGACCGAGGAGGAAGUGACGGUGUUGAGGAAGCAAAAAAUCGAUUGCGAGCGCCGUUUACAGGACCAGGACGAAGAACUGGACGAGCUGGCCGGACAGGUGCAGCUUUUGGAGCAAGCCAAGUUGCGCCUGGAGAUGACGCUGGAGUCUAUGAGGAAGGAAGCGAAACGGGAGGCUCAGCUGAGGGAAGAGGAGCUGGAAGAGGCCAGGUGUAACGCUCAGAAGAAAGUCAAAGCUUUGGAACAGCAAUUGGAGAAUGAACACGAAGAAAGGACGCAACUAUUGCGAGAACGACACGAAUUGGAGAGAAGGCUUCAAGCGGCCGCCGACGCGGAACGAACGGAUAGGGCGGGAGACGAGGCACUGCUGCAACGAUUGAAACGGGACUUGAAGAGGACGAAAGCUUUGCUCAGAGACACCCAGGCGCAGUUGGAGAGGCAAAAAGCGGAGACGCCCAGCAAAAACCUGAUCCGGCAGCUCAGGAACCAGUUGGAAGACUUGGAGUGCGCUCGGGCGCUCGCCGUCAAAACCAAGCAAAGCUUGGAGGGGGAACUGUUAGAAACCCAGGCUCAAUUAGAAGAGGCCAAUAAGCAAAAACUGGAAGCGGAGGAACGGGGUCAGGCGAUGCAACGCGAGAAGUCGGAACUUCAAUCCCAACUGGAGGAGAACGAAGAGGAACUAGCCGAGGUGUUGAAGAAGUACAAGGCGGCCGUACAACAGAUGUCCGUCGAUCAGGCCACGUUGCAAGAGCAGGUAUCGCUGGUUGCGGAGUUGGAGGUGGAGCGGAACCAUUUGAAGGAACAGUUGGCCGAAUUGACGUCGAGGUUGGAAUCGGCGGAGAGUAUGGGCGGCGCGUCCUCUAACUUGCUGUUCAAACGCUCGGAGUUGAAGGUUAAAGAGUUGGAAUCCAAGUUGGAGCUCGAACAGACGACGAGGUCGCGCCUGGAGACACAAAUAACCAGACUUAAGGAGACCGUGGACAAGUUGCAGAGCGACGCGGCUUCGUCCAGGGUGAAAGAACAACAGGCGCAGGAUCAACUUAGAAAACUUCAGAGACAAUUGAGGGAAGUGAAAGAGGAACUGAAUAAGAGUUUGGCCAAGGAGUCGGAGGUGAUAAUCAAGAAGAAGGAGUUGGAGAAAAGGUGCGAAGCUCUGGAAGCCGAAGCGUCGACCACUAGGACGGAUCUGAGGUUGGCGUUGAAGCGGAUAGAAGAUCUCCAGUCGGCCAUACAAGGCGAGCUGGAAGAUAGCAUUUCCGAUAAUAGCGACAGCGACGGAGAAAGUUUCGGAUCGGACGAGUCCGUGAACACGUUCUUGGUAAAUCACAAGCUGGGGUCGCCGAAGAACGAGAAGAAGUCGUUGUCGAACGACGCGAGAAGGUUAUCCAAUACCAGUCGUUCGAGCACGUCGAGCAACCUGGGCAGGGAGACGUCGUAUGCCUGAGUGACGGAGACCAUCUGCAGGACGUUGUCGCUGACGUUCUGCAGAAGGGAGGUCGUCGAUUCUGAUGACGGUGUGGUUGUCGAGUACGUGUGAGUCGGGCGCGAAUGCGCCAUCAUAUCGUUAAACUUAGACCUAUUGUGAUAAGACUGAGUAUAGAUGUGCAACCGUAUUAGAUAUUUAUUUGUUGAACGUUAUCCCCGUUGUUUUGCGUCGUACUUAGCGCUCCAAAAUGUAAUCAAAUAUAAUAAUCGAGGAUCAAAACCGAGCCUUCGCCGUUUAGCUGAAUCGUUGAAUAUAGUUUAGGUUCUAUUUGGGUUUUAUUGUACAUAGCUUAGUCCCGUAUUUUUUCCCUUGUAUCAUACCAUAAUUUUUAUAUAUAAACAAUUGUACGUUGCGACGCUAUCUAUGUGUACAAUAAUAACGAAAG